AUGGACCUUCUGCAGCGUGCUCCGUGGCUGACCCUGGCCUUGUUCAACCUUUGCGGGCUCAUGCGAUGCCAGUUCGCCUACCCCUGGAGCGCCAACGUGGGGAACUCGCAGGAGUCCGAGUCUAUCGAGGGGCUUCCUGUGGAGCAAAAGUCUGUCGUGGUGGUGUGCCACGAGGACUCGAUGGAGGUGGUGGUGCAGGCUGACCUGUUCGACACGGGCAUUCACGUCGACGGCAGGUUUUUGCACUUGGGUUCGCCCUCAGAAGGCAUGGGAGGUGCGUGUGGAGCAUUUCCAUCCGGAGAGGCACAGUUCACCAUCCACAUCCACUUGGGAGACUGUGGAACUAGACUGUCAUCCACAGUAGAGAAGCUUAUCUAUUCAAACGUGGUGAUCUACACCCCUGAACCUUCAUCUGAUGGUGUACUUCGACUGGAUGGGGCGUCUAUUCCGGUGGAAUGCCACUAUGAAAGGAGGUACGCUAUGGAUGGCAUUGCUGUGCACCCCACAUGGCUCCCUUUUUCUUCCAUCGCCCAGGCUAAGGAUCAAAUAGACUUCAACCUGCAGUUAAUGACUGAUGACUGGCACUUUGAGAGGGGGUCUCCUGUGUACUUCCUGGGUGACCCCAUUCACUUGGAGGUGUCGCUGGUGAUGGGCCACCACAUGCCCCUACGAGUCUACGUAGACCAUUGUGUUGCAACAGCGACCCCCAACCCAGACGCUGCCUUGAAAUACGAAUUUAUUAAAGAUAAUGGGUGUCUCGUCGAUGCCUAUUUGACGAGAUCCCGCUCCCGUUUCCUGCCGAGAGUCCACGAGCACACGCUGCAGUUCCAGCUGGACGCGUUCAGGUUUUACCAGGAGCCUUCUAAUGUGAUCUACGUGGCCUGCACCGUAAAGGCUGUCUCGCUCAUGCAAGCAGUCGACUCUCCGAGCCGAGCGUGCUCCUUCAUUGAUAACAGAUGGCAGUCGGUAGAUGGGGACGAUGAGGUAUGCCGAACCUGUGGUGACCCAAAGCGACUGGGAGAGUCCAAAUACGUCACAGCUCGUCCUGCCAUUACCAUACCGGCCUCAAACGGCAAAGUUCCCAACCAAGAGCCGGCCUCCUACUUCCGUUUCCGCCCGCGCGCACACCGAACACAGCCCAACAACCAUUCACCGUCCGUCUCCCCCACUGGUGUGAAGAGGGCUCCAGAUGGCGAGGGUAAGGUGAACGUGUUUCUCCGGCGAGGUCUUUGCGGACAUGUUGCUCCUCGCACGGCCCGGCCGCGGCGGACGGCUCAGUGCGUAAAGGCGCCGCUGCCCAAGCGCACGCGGAUGGGACGAGCGUCCCUCGUGCGACCUAACGUCGACGGAAUAGCGGCUCCUCUCUCGCAGCCCACAGCCAUGGUGACCGUCAAGUGUGGAACGCUGGCGCUCGUCGCCUGCGUGUUGGCCAACAACGCCGUUUACUCGGUGCGAAAGUGCGGGCGGGCGCUUUGCCGGGACGACCACGUCUGCUGCGCGCAGGACAACAACUCCACCGACGUGGCGUGCUGCAAGCAGAUCGUGUACACGGCUUACUACAACAUCGCCAUGGUCACCCGCAAGAUCUCCGGGGUGCUCAUCCUGCUCCUCCUGUUCGCCGUGGGCUAUUUCGUGCAGCGCAUGGUGUGCGCCAAGUCGAGGCGACAGCUGCGCAAUUCCGGACGCGCCACACCUCACGGUGGCCAUCAUCAGCCCGCCGCCGCGGUAUCGCAGGAGCUGCUUAUCGCCGACGGCCCCGCGUCGCGGAGCCGCACGGAUCCGGAUCCGGCCUCGGCCCCGGGUCCUGCCCCGGGUUUUGCCCAGCUGCCCACAUACGAUGAAUGCAAACACCUGCCAACGUACGAGGAGUCGGUGAGGGAACCGUGCAGAGGUCGGUCGGACACCGCACUGCAGUGA